AUACAAAGAUGAAACAAACUCAAAUGUGGACAUAUAUUUGUGUGAUAUUUGUAACUCUGCUGAGUCAAUGCUCCGCUUGCAGAUGGCUCGGCAGAUACAGGAUGGUGAACUCCGAUUCUCUGACACUGAUUGAGAAAAUGGGUGGACAUCCAGGGACUGUUAAGGUGCGAUUUCCAGGACACCUGUACAACUUGAUUGGAGAUGCUAAGGUGGAGGACCAGGUGAGGUUUCUUGUCUUGAACUUAGAUCAGAUCAUCAACCUCAUGGAUGCCAAAGAACACAUGAAUCCAGAGCAAUGGAAACUAGUGGAAUAUUUCCUAAAAGACCUGCACAGGCAGUCAUCUGAGCUCAAAGAAUGUGUGGCCCAAUACCAAAAGCCGUCACAUAUGGAGUCAUAUGAGAAAAAGAUAACAAGGCACUUCAGGACUUUAAAGAAGAGUUUAAAGAAAGAAAAAUAUAGUUCUCACGCAUGGGAGCAGAUCCGGAGAUGGGUGAAAACCCACCUUCAGAGGAUGGAGAUCAUCGCAAACAACGCAAACAAGUCCCUGGCAAGAGUUUAACAGACAACCAAUGACAGAAAAAUGUAUGACUUGGGACACAUUCCAUAGGAUAAAAAAAAUGCUGCAAACAAUGCCUUACAAACAAAAACUGGAAAAAAAUGUUACAAAUGUAUUUGUGUAUUCAGAUGUUUGUAUUUAAUUGCAACGAAUGAAACCUAGAAUGUAAAUUAGAGUAGCUUAUUUUGACUAAUGGGCAGUGCUUUUAUACAGUGUUUACCUUAUGUGUUUCCUAUGAAAACUUGAAGUUAUCAGAUCAAACAAGCUAAUUAUGUUUCUUACAAAUACCUGUGAAAACUUUUCUAUCUGGUUUAGGUGAGAGUAAGCCUCUUUGCCUAAACUAUACUCAGAUAUUUUGCUAACUCAAAUGUAAUCAAAUGAAUUAACUGUCAGUCAGUCGGCAUGGUGUUAUGCACAUGCAUGUUGGCUAUAUUUCAGGAUUGUUUUGAGUAUACUUAAAUAUAUUUAUAUAUCUUUGUGCACAUUUUUUAUAUCCCAGUAUAUUUAUUGUUUUCAUAUUUAAUGUUAUUUAUAGUUAUUUAUUGACUCUUAUUGUCAUGAAACAUUUUGUACUGUCAAAGAAAACAAAUAUUGAUUGAAUCUGGUGUGAACAUUGUUUAAUAAAUGCAUUGAACUUCCA